AUGUUAAAAUAACAAACCUAGCUUAAUACACCUUCAACUUAAUUCACUGCAAGAACUCCAGAAAAGAAUAUGGCUAUAAAGCCUCCCUAAAUAUAAAGCGAUAUCUAUAAUUAUACUCCUCAUGAAUCGAGAGGAAUUAUUUUGCUCCCAUAUCAAUAAAACUAUCAGUUGCCAGGAACUCUGAUUCCUCAAUAAGAUGUGUAAGCAGAUAUUCAAAGUCCUGCGAGAGGGUACGAAAUAAAUUCACUAGCAAAUAUCUCUGACAAUAUUAAGCAUAUAACACAGAAUCUUGAAGAAUUAUAAGUUGAAUUGAAGUAAGAAAAACAAAAGCGUUUGGACAUUGAAAACAAAUUCGAGCAAUUGCAAUAAUAAAACCAAGAGUUAGAAUAAGAGUUAAAUAAAUAGAAACAAAUAUGUAAACAAAUGGAGUAUUUUAGUAAGGAAUUGGAGAGUAAACUAUAAAACUAAGUUACCAUCACUUCAAGUCACUCCUCAGUAGAAAAUGAGAAUUAACAGAAUAUCUUCAGAUAAGUGGAAACCCAAAUGAUAGAAUUAAAAAAACAAUUAGAGCAGGAAAAAUUAAAAUCCUCUAAUGAAUCAGAUAAACUUAUUAAGGAAUUCAAGAUAAUAUAUCAAGAACAAAAAAAUUUAAAUCAGAAAUUGUUAGAUGACAAUACUCAAUUAUAAAAAGCAAUACGUUCUAUUGAGAAGAGUUCGAAGAAAGCGUAAAAGUAAUCUUCUAACUUAUUGGAAGAGGCAAAGCUUAGGAAAAUUGUAGAACUAUUUUACUUUGAUAACAAUGAAGAAUGCUUGAUUCAAAUUCCUACUGAACAAUAAUUGGAAGCCAUUAAGAUACUCAAGUAAAUUUCCUAAUCUUAGAAUUCUAAAACAUAGAAGGACUAAACAGACAAGAAAUGGAGUGCUAAAAAAGAACUCAAAAACUAAUAAGAGUAAUUGAUAGGGGAAAUUAAAGGUCAAAUGGGUAAAUUCAUUGAUCAGAAGAAUAUUUAACAGAAGGAUGUAAUCAAAUUAUAGAAGGAGUCUGCGGAACUGAUACGAUAGUUGGAUUAGGUGGAGAGUUAUAAGUAGGAGAUUGAACAGAGUUCAAAGCAUAAUUCUCACAAGAAUAGUAAUGUUUCCUUUAAAAAUAAUAAUUUUUAUUGA